AUAUAUGAUUUAUCAUGACAGACUUGGUUAGUUAAUGUAAGUAUUUAGAGGGAAAGCGGUCAUUAUGAAUCUCCACAUUAUAUUAUAACUGCUUAUUGUCAAUUUUCAGAUUGCAGGCCAUCAAGCUGCAUAAAGAUGAGGUUCAGUGCCAAGGUGAAAUUGCUGCUAUGGAAGAACUGGACACUUAGAAAGCGACAAAAGCUUCGCUUUUUUGUGGAAAUUUUCUGGCCUUUGUCAUUGAUCCUGAUCCUGGUGUGGCUAAGAAAUGCAAAUCCACUCUAUGGCCAACAUGAAUGCCAUUUUCCAAACAAGGCGCUGCCCUCGGCAGGGAUGUUGCCAUGGUUACACGGAAUUUUCUGCAAUACCAAUAACCCUUGUUUUCGAAGCCCUACACGUGGAGAGUUGCCUGGCGUGGUUUCAAACUACAACAAUUCCAUACUUGCCAGAGCUUAUAAAGAUGCCCAAGAUGUCCUUUUAGAGAAGCCAGAUAUGCAGCACCUUGGAAGGGUGUGGAGGGAACUGUAUACUAUGUCUAAUUUCAUGGAUACCCUUCGGACCAACCCCGGAAAAGUUUCAGGGCGUGGUAUAAGAAUCAGAGACAUCUUAAAGGAUGAUGAAGCUCUGACUUUGUUUUUGCUGAAAGAUAUUGGACUAUCUGACUCUGUGGUGUACCAGCUCAUUAACUCCCAAGUUCGGAUUGAACAGUUUGCCUCUGGAAUACCUGAUCUGGCAUUGAAAGACAUAGCUUGCAGCCAGACCCUCUUAGAACGGUUUAUUAUCUUCACCAGCCGCAGAGGAAUGCACACAAUCCGCAAUGCCAUGUGUGUCUUGUCUCAGCAGAGGUUACAGAGGAUAGAAGAUGUCCUGUAUGCCAGCAUCGACUUCUUCAAACUCUUUGAGAUCCUGCCAACUGUUAUAGACAGCAGUUCUCGUGGAAUAGAUCUCAGAUUUUGGGGGAUAGUUGCUUCAAAUGUUUCAGAAUCACUGAGAGAGCUAUCACAAAAGCAAAGUAUCCAGGAUCUGCUAUGGGUUCUACAGCCUAUUAUUCAAGAGGGAGGACCAUCAACCUUUACUCAACUUAUGAGUUCUUUGUCAGACCUGUUUUGUGGUUAUCCAGAGGGGGGUGGUUCAAGAGUGUUCUCCUUCAACUGGUAUGAGGACAAUAACUACAAAGCUUUUCUUGGUGUGAAUUCAACUAAGAAGGAAACAUAUUAUUUAUAUGACAAGACAACAACUCCGUUUUGCAAUGCAAUGAUGCAGACUAUGGAGUCUAACCCUGUAACUAAAAUAGCUUGGAGUGCAGUGAAACCUUUGCUGAUGGGAAAAAUCCUUUACACCCCAGAUGCUCCGGCUAUUCGUGAAAUCCUGAAGCACGCAAACUCAACUUUUGAGCAGUUAGAGCGGCUGAGACAAAUGGGAAAAGCCUGGGAAGAAUUGGGACCCCAACUGUGGAACUUCUUUCAAAGCAGUGUCCAUAUGAAUGUCAUUCGGGAUACCAUUAAAAACCCAACAGUGAGAGAUUUCCUCAACAGACAGCUUGGGGAUGAUGGAAUAAAUGCUGAUGAUGUCAUAAAUUUUUUGUACAAUGGGAACCAUGACUCAAGACCAGAGGGACAGCCAAACUUUGACUGGAGAAAUGUUUUUAAUUUAACUGAUCAGGUUUUGCGUCUUUUUAACAAAUAUAUGGAGUGCCUAACUUUGGAUAAAUUUGAAGGUCAUGAUGAUGAAUCUCAUUUGACACACCAUGCACUUUACCUUCUGGAGGAAAAUAAAUUUUGGGCUGGUCUUGUGUUCAUGGACAUGUACCCAUGGACCAAUCAAAUUCCACCUCAUGUAAAGUACAAAAUUCGCAUGGAUAUUGAUGUUGUGGAGAAGACUAACAAAAUUAAAGAUAGAUAUUGGGAUCCAGGCCCAAGGGCUGACCCACUAGAAGACUUUCGUUAUAUCUGGGGAGGUUUUGCUUACCUUCAGGACAUGAUUGACCAUGGAAUUAUUAAGUCCCAGACAAACAACAAAUUGCCAACAGGUCUCUAUGUGCAGCAAAUGCCAUACCCUUGCUUUGUGGAUGACGUUUUUAUGAUCACGCUGAAUCGCUGUUUCCCAAUUUUUAUGGUGUUGUCUUGGAUAUACACUGUCUCCAUGUUGGUAAAGGACAUUGUUCUUGAAAAGGAACUGCGUCUGAAAGAGACCAUGAAAAAUUUGGGUGUUACUAAUGAUGUCAUUUGGUUGACAUGGUUCAUUGAUAGUUUUUGCGUCAUGACCCUUAGUACCUUACUUCUCACCAUUGUUAUUGUGGGUGGCGGAGUCCUUCACUACAGCAAUCCUUUAAUCCUGUUCCUCUUUCUGAUGGCUUUCACGCUCUCCACCAUCAUGCAGGGUUUCCUCAUGAGUGUCUUCUUCUCUAAAGCCAACCUGGCAGCAGCUUGCAGCGGGGUCAUCUAUUUCACACUCUACUUGCCACACAUCCUGUGCUUCGCUUGGCAGGACCGCAUGACUUUUAAAUUGAAAACAAUGGCAAGUUUUUUGUCCCCAGUGGCUUUUGGAUUUGGUACAGAAUAUUUAUCUAGAUAUGAAGAACAAGGCCUGGGCCUCCAAUUUGGAAACAUCCGGAAAAGCCCAGUGGAGGGUGACGAAUACAGCUUUCUGUUUUCCAUAUCCAUGAUGCUUUUUGAUGCCCUUGUGUAUUGGAUUUUAGCAUGGUACAUUGACCAUGUCUUUCCAGGGGAAUAUGGCAUCCCAAAACCGUGGUACUUUCCAUUCUUGGCAACCUAUUGGGUUACCUUUGAAAAUUAUUGGGAAGGUGAUGCCGAUUCAACAGACACAGAGUUUUCUGUUCAUGAACAUGCAGAAGAUGGUGCAGAGAAUAGAACUGAUAAACCUCAUGGAAAUCAAGACGAAAAUAAAAUGGCAGAAGAAAAAGUUGAAGAUCUGAAAAAUGCCCCUGACAAUAAACUCAUAGAUCAGGAUAACUGCAAACAUAAAGUCAAGAAAGAAAAACAAAAAGAGGAGAAGCAGGCAAAGGAUGAACAGGAGAAGGAAAGCAAGGACAAAGAUGAAACAUAUGCGAAUCCAUUUUUUGAGCCAGAACCACCGGGGAUAAUGCCAGGUGUGUGUAUUCAAGAUCUUGUCAAAGUCUAUCCAAACAACCACAAGCCUGCAGUGGACAUGGUCAAUAUCACCUUUUAUGAAGGACAGAUAACUGCUUUCCUAGGGCACAAUGGAGCUGGAAAAACAACAAUAUUGUCCAUUAUAACUGGAUUAUUCCCACCUACCUCGGGCACAGUGUGGAUUCGUGGCCGAGAUAUUCAGACACACAUGGACUCCAUUCGGCAAAGUCUUGGCAUGUGCCCUCAACAUAACAUUAUUUUUCGACAUCUAACCGUAGAAGAGCAUAUCCUGUUUUACGCCCAGCUAAAAGGCAGAUCUAGGAGACAAGCUGAGAGGGAACUGGAAAUUAUGCUGGAGGAUAUAGGCAUUCCUCAAAAAAGACACGAGGAAGCACAAAACCUAUCAGGAGGAAUGCAAAGAAAACUAUCUGUUGCAAUGGCAUUUGUUGGUGACUCUAAAGUUGUGGUAUUGGAUGAACCAACCUCAGGUGUAGAUCCAUAUUCCAGAAGAUCUAUUUGGGACCUGCUUUUGAAAUAUCGAUCAGGCAAAACCAUUAUUCUUUCUACUCAUCACAUGGAUGAGGCAGACCUCCUAGGUGAUAGAAUUGCAAUUAUAUCUCAAGGAAAGCUCUAUUGCAGUGGAUCACCGUUGUUCUUAAAGAACUGCUUUGGAACGGGCUUCUACCUCACCCUGGUCCGAAGGAUGAGAAAUGUUAAAGAAUCAGGAAAGAAAGACUCAACUUCGUGCCGCUCAGAUUGUUCGUGCACUUGUCCCAGCUGUGCACCCAAAGCCAAAGAUAAUCCACUGGAACAAGAGUUAGAUGGUGAUGUAGCUGCAUUGACUGAGCUUAUCCAGCACCAUGUUCCUGAAGCCAAACUUAUAGAAAGUAUUGGACAAGAACUGAUUUUUCUGCUCCCUAGUAAAGAUUUCAAGUACAGAGCCUAUGCCAGUCUAUUUCGAGAGCUGGAGGAGACUAUUGGGGAUUUGGGUCUUAGCAGCUUUGGCAUUUCUGACACUCCACUGGAAGAGAUCUUCUUGAAGGUUACAGCUGAUUCAGUGACAGGAACUGAAACUCCAGAGGAAUGGAUGUUACAACAGCGGAAGUCCAGAACCAGUCUAGCAGUGGAUCCAAAGUCAACAGUUGUCAAUAUUGAGAAUAAAGACCAACCAUCAAAUAUCAGAAGAGAGUGUCAGAGAGUUGGUGCAGAAAAUGUCCCAUCUGCACCUGAAGCCUGCAAUGAACAACCUGCUCAUACUGAAACAAAUGGCAAAGGAUCUCGUCAGAUCAAAGGCUCAGAUCUUAUGCACCAGCAGUUUAAAGCACUUAUAAUUAAGCGAUUCCAGCAUGCUACACGCAGUCGCAAAGAUUUCCUAGCCCAGAUUGUGCUUCCUGCCAGCUUUGUGUUGCUGGCUCUAGUGUUUACUCUGAUUGUACCUUCCUUUGGCGAAUACCCCAGCUUAACCCUUCACCCAUGGAUCUACGGACAACAGUUUAUUUUCUUCAGUAAUGAGCACCCUGGCAGUGAGCAAGUGGUACCUAUUACAGAUGCCUUCUUGAACAGUCCUGGCUUUGGAACUCGCUGCAUGAAAGACCAGCCACUGACUAACAAGUUCCCUUGUAAAAACAUCUCUAGUGAAUGGAUCAUCCCUACUGUGUCACCAAGUGUAACCAACAUUCUGCUAUCUCACGAAUGGACUCCAAAUAAUCCAUCCCCUUCCUGUACUUGUAGUACAAAGAAUAAGCUGAUAAUGCUGCCGGAAUGUCCUGAGGGUGCUGGAGGGCGCCCUCCGCCACAGAGAAUCCAGCCCAGCUCAGAGAUUCUCCAGGACCUCACAGAGCGAAAUAUUUCAGAUUUUCUCCUGAAAACAUACCCCACUUUGAUAAGAAGCAGCAUGAAGACCAAAUAUUGGGUCAAUGAACAAAGAUAUGGAGGUUUUUCGGUUGGAGCCAAGCUUCCUAUUCUUGAAAUAAAAGGAGAAAAUAUAGCAGAGUUCUUCGGCCAUUUCGGUGACAUGACCAAUGUCUCAGCAGGCCCUGUGGCGAAGUCCGUUUCCAAUGACUUGCAGGCUUUCCUUUUAAACCUGGAAACAGAGAACAAUGUCAAGGUCUGGUUUAAUAAUAAGGGCUGGCAUGCUAUGGUCAUCUUCAUCAAUGUUGCUAACAAUGCUAUUCUCAGGGCCAACCUGGGGGAAGAUAAAGACCCUGAAGAAUAUGGUAUAACUGCAGUGAACCAUCCCCUCAACCUCACCAAAGAUCAGCUGUCCGAGGUCACAGUGCUGACUACUUCAGUGGAUGUUGUGGUUGCCAUUUGUGUGAUUUUUGCGAUGUCAUUCAUCCCAGCAAGUUUUGUGUUGUAUUUGAUCCAAGAAAGGGUGUCCAAUGCCAAGCACCUUCAGUUUGUUAGCGGAGUUACUCCAGCUGUGUACUGGUUCACAAACUUUGCAUGGGACAUUGCAAACUACGCCAUAAGUGUGGCUAUGGUGGUCGUGAUAUUCAUUGCAUUUGAAAAGAAAGCAUAUACAUCAUCCACAAACCUACCAGCACUCAUAGCAUUGCUGUUUUUCUAUGGAUGGGCUGUAAUUCCUAUGAUGUAUCCAGCAUCAUAUUUCUUCAAUGUGCCAAGCACGGCCUAUGUUGCAUUAUCUUGUAUGAACCUCUUCAUUGGCAUAAACAGUAGCGCCAUUACUUUCAUCCUUGAUCUCUUUGAAAAUAACAGGUCUCUGCUAAAAUUCAAUGAGAGGCUGAAGGACUUACUUUUAGUCUUCCCACACUUCUGCCUUGGUCGAGGUCUUAUUGACUUGGCUAUGAAUCAAGCUGUGACUGACGUGUAUGCUCGAUUUGGUGAGGAGCAUAUUACAAACCCUUUCCAGUGGGAUUUUCUGGGGAAAAACAUAUUUGCAAUGGCAAUUGAAGGAAUUGUAUACUUUGCUUUAAAUCUGCUCAUUCAGAACCGCUUCUUUUUCACUGCGUGGUUUGCUGAACCUCCAAAAGAGCAAAUUGAAGGUGAAGAUGAAGAUGUUGCACAGGAGAGAAUCAGAGUCCUGAAAGGAGGAGGAAAAAAUGAUAUAUUAAAACUGAAAGAACUGACAAAAGUUUAUGUUGGUAAACACACUCCUGCUGUGGACAAGCUUUGUAUUGGUAUCCGGCCUGGAGAGUGUUUCGGGCUGCUGGGAGUAAAUGGAGCCGGAAAGACCACCACAUUUAAGAUGCUCACUGGAGAUAUUGAUGUGACAUCAGGAGAUGCAACUGUUGCUGGAUACAGCAUAUUGUCAGACAUUGCAGACGUACAUCAGAACAUGGGUUACUGCCCUCAGUUUGAUGCCAUUGAUGAUCUGUUGACUGGACGUGAACACUUAAAAUUGUAUGGUCGUCUUAGGGGAGUUCCUGAGGAAGAAGUUGACAUGGUUGCAGAUUGGGGAAUUGAAAAGUUGGGCCUUAAAAAGUAUGCAAACCAGGCAGCUGGAACCUACAGCGGUGGAAACAAACGCAAACUGUCUACUGCGAUUGCUUUGAUAGGCUGUCCUCCAGUGGUGCUGCUGGAUGAACCAACAACAGGAAUGGAUCCACAGUCUCGUCGCUUCCUAUGGAAUUCUAUUGUCGGUAUUAUCAAAGAAGGCCGUGCUGUUGUGUUAACCUCUCACAGUAUGGAAGAAUGUGAAGCUCUCUGCACCCGUCUUGCCAUAAUGGUUAAAGGCACCUUUAAAUGUCUUGGCACAAUCCAGCAUCUAAAAUACAAAUUUGGAGAUGGUUAUAUUGUAACCAUGAAAUUGAGAGCCCAGAAGCUUGGAGCAGUCCCUGAUCCAGGUCCUGUAGAGAAGUUCAUCCAGAACAACUUUCCUGGCAGCUUACAGAGGGAGAAACAUUACAAUAUGUUACAGUAUCAAAUAUCAUCCUCAUCCUUGGCCAAAAUAUUUCAGUUACUCAUCUCCAACAAAGACAGCCUCAACAUUGAAGAAUACUCUGUGUCUCAGACGACAUUAGACCAGGUAUUUGUAAAUUUUGCUAAACAGCAAACAGAAGAUGAGGAUAUCCGUUUACAUCCUCGUGUUGCAGGAGCCACACGGGACGUCAAAGUUGCACCUGCCCCUCAACCUAAAGAAAAAUAACUUUGUAAAGAACUGGCUUUGUUCAAUCUAAUUUUCAGUGUAAUUCACCAAAUGUGACAGCGGAUUCCUGAGAUGAUGAAAUGGCAUCUACAGGCACCAUAGAGGGCUGUAACUCUGCAUACAAAACUAGCACACAGCGACAGUACUUGCCAUACCUCACUACAGAACGGCUUCUUAGAGCAAAAUGAACAGAAUGCAUCUGCAAAAGUGCUGCUCUGAUGUAAACGCUGUAUUUUUGGUUCACAUUUUAGCAUGUUGGAUAAAUACAGAGAACAAUACUAUGCCAAGCCCCUUGACCCUUUAUGGGUUGUCAGUUACUAUAUAAUACAUGUCUUCUAAAAGUAAUA